CACUUUGGAGUUCACGCGGUGCACGCAUCAACCACUAUACGAAUGAUCGCACUGAUUCGCAAUGUACAUCUGUAUAAUGCAACAGAAGAAGAUUUAUUAAACGUUUGAAGUCAGCUGCAUAAUACGAACACACGAACUCUCGAAAUUCAUAAUAAUGUGUGCUCGUCUGGAGCUCGAUCAGCCGAUUAAAGUGUUCAGUGCCUUCCUGAUAUACAGCAGUAUGUGUCGAGUAAAUACACAUACAACACCGAAACGUUUAUCGACAUGGCAGCAGCAGCAGCAGCAGCAGCAGCAGCAGCAGCAGCAGUAGGCGAUGAUGAUAAUUUGUCGCGCAUCUGUCAUUAUUGGUAGUAAGCGUUGCCGCUCGUCGCCUACUGUUACUGAACUUGAUAAAUACACUAGUCGUAUGGUAAUAUAGGUUCAACAAACGAUCCGAUGCUUAUAAUACUAAACAACACGGGGCCAGCGACAAUAGCAGCAACAGCAGCAGCAGCAGAGAUAGUCGUCGUCGUCGUCGUCGUCAUGCAGUGCUAAUAUAACAACCGCAGCAACAGCGCGAGACAGAGCGAGACAGAGAGAAGGCACUUUAUGUGUACACACACAUGCACACAACGCAUAGCCGUGUGCGUAGAAGUAUAGUAUACACUAUACAUAUAGCUAGCUUUAUAGCUCGAAGACUGCUAGCUUACUAUAGUGCCGUGCCACAUGCGAAAGAAAGAGAGAGACAGAGAAGAGUUUUUGCACAGUGCACAAGGCACAUAAGCAAGGGGGGCAGAGGCAUAGACGCCGGAACGAAGAGAAGAAGGCACAAUAUAGAGAGAGAGAAAGAAAGAGAGUGAGGCAGCAGCAGCAGAGAACAGAAUAUACAGAAGAGAAAAGAGCCGAGGAUGAUCCGGGCGUAGUGUAUAACAGCGCGGCGCAGCAUAGAGAGAGAGAGAGAGAGAGAGAGAGAGUUGCAGCAUUUGUGUCUGUCUCCGUUUUCGUCCGUGUGUAUGCGUGUGCCGCAGCAGCAGCAGCAGCAGCAGCAGGCCAACGAUUCUCUGCCGUGGUCGGUCGUCGUCGACUCUUCCUCGGGCGCAGAGCGCACCAGCAGCCGGAGAGAGCGAGAAAGAGAAUCGGAGUCGUUGUACACGGCGGCGGCCAGAAGAAGUUGUGCGUGUUGUAUAUAGUAUAGCUCCCGGGCAGCAGCAGCAGCAUUACUAGUUACUAUACGCGGGCGACAGAUACAUUAUUUUUUUUUCAUUUUUUUGCUUCGCAUCGUUAUUAUUAUUUUCCCCCCGCGCGCGCGCGCGAGUGGACUCUCGCCGUGCGGCUGGCUGGCUGGCUGCUGCUGCUAGUAGUAGUUUUAUACACUGAUGUGCCUUCGCUGCAUGCGCACUACUACUAUACCAACCAAAUGGUGUAUCAUAAGAAUCUCUCUCCGCAAAAUCCGCUAAAGUGAGGAUCUCGAGGUAUCGUCGUCGCUACGGAGCAGUCGAGGACGACGUCGACGAGGAGGCGGCGGCGGAGGCGGAGGCACUGGAAGAUCCGAACUGGAGAAUGUCGUGGAGGCACCGACAGAGCCGAUCCGUCAAGGACGACAGUUUUCCUUCCUCGAUCAAGUCGUCCACGCGUGGCAGCUACAAGGAUUCGAACACCAAGUACAGUAGUUCCAAAAGUAGCUAUUCAUCCUCGAAUCCAUCUGACAGCAGGUAUGAGGGGAGAAUUCGUGAUUCUCCAAAUGGCAAUUCCUACAGCCCAGCUGGUGGUCUGGGCAUGGGACCCGAUAGAGAUAGUCCGCGAAAUUACACUAAGCCAAUAUACAAAAAGGAGAGAGAAAACAGAGACUACAAGUUGUCCUCCUCUAGGGAUAAGUAUUCCGAUUGCACGAGAUCUCCAAAAGAAAAGAGAAGUAGGGAGUCUAGAGACUCCCACAGCGACAGGACCAACCAUGAUAGGAAUAGUGGAGACAUACUCCAUCCUAUAAAAAUAUCUUCAAAUUCAUCGAGGGAUUCCUCCCAAAGAAAGCCAACACAUAAUUCAUACCAGGACAAGCGUGGAGAUGAGCGGGGAACGAUGGAGCGUACGGCGAGAUUCGGUGAUUGGUCAGAACACAUGAGCUCGUCGGGAAAGAAGUAUUACUACAACUGUAAAACUGAAGUAUCUCAAUGGGAGAAGCCACGAGAAUGGGUCGUCAGAACGGACAGUCGACAACGCCAAUCGAACGACUACUCGUCCUCUCGAUCCAAUGUCCCAUACUUUGCAGGUCAUGAUAAACAUUCCAACUCAUCGCGGUCGAACAGCACCAGCGGCGGUGGUAGCGGUGGCGGUGGUGGCCAGAGCAGCAGCACCCGAGACAUCGGCAAGUCCUCGUCGUCGCGCGGCCAGUCGGACAAACGUACGAACGACUACUGGAGCAGUCGAGAGGACGGGCGCGAUCGCGAUCAGCAGCGCGCCCACCAGGACAAGGACCAGAUGAUGGGCGGUCGAGAUCGCGAGCGAGAACGCGAUCGAGACCGGGGUAGCGGCAUGGACGUUUGCCGAGACGACUCGGCGAUGCUAGGCGGCUCUCAGCAGCAGCAGCAGCAUCAGCAGCACGACCGGCAGGCCCAGGACAUGGACAUAUCACCCGGAGGCUCGACACCCACGUCCGAGCCGGUCGUUGUAUCCGGCGGACACGAUGCCAUGCAACAAGGACCAGUUCUUCUAGCCAAUGCACUGCCGCGUUUGUCAUCACAUCCAAGUGCGGGAGGACUAAAGCUAGGCUCGCCAACACAAAAUCAACACCACAGUAUAGGUUCAAGCAACGCGCCUGGUCCUCCGAUUUCACUCUCGGAUACGCAAAAAGCAUUGCAAACCAUACAGACACUUUUAUCGCGACAAUCAUCGAGUGAUGGUAGAAAUUGUUCCGGCGAUGUUAUGACUCCUUUGAAAAUUGACACUAGUAAUAAUGCUCCAAUCGAAGGCCCACCAACGCCAACGCACUCAGAAACACUGGACGGCACAGAUGCUCGAAGAAUGAACAGUCCCAGUGGUGUCAAUAACAGUAUGCAAGGUAUAAGUUCCCUGCAAAACAUCAGUAGUUUAGGUAACCUCAGUAGCUUAGGAAACGGUGGCGGCUUGCAGGCAUUAUCGCGCGUGCAGCCACCGCCUACUCCGUCGCUUACACCCUCGCUUGCCAAUCAUUAUCGGGAAGAUUUGACUCAGCACGUGCGAGCCUUCCCCGCGGAUAUUCUCGAGAAGCAGGCACAAAAACUGAGCGAAGAAGCACAUACAAUGGGUAGUCUACAGUGUACCAGAGUAUCUGCAGAACUUAAAACUGCUCGAUCGAUAGUGAGGCUUACGGAAAUUCAAGCCACGCUUCAGGAACAAAGGAUACUAUUUCUUCGUCAACAAAUUCAGAUGCUGGAAGAAGUCAAAUCCCAAAAUUCCUUUAUGUCUGACGAUUCUUAGUGUAAGAAACUUUAUAAGAAAUAAUUAUAAUGGAUAAUAAUAAUUAUGAGCUAUAAUUAAUUCAAUUUCAACAAACAAAAACAAAAAACAUUACUUAUUAAUAUCUUUAACAAUAAUAUUGAUAAAUUAAGGUUGUACCUAAAAGUUAUAAUACUACAGAAAUAGAAGUGAUAUAUACAUAGUAUAAAGAUUUGAUGGGGCUUAUUAUGUACCCAAAAAUAGGAGGCCGAACGAGUCUUAUUUAAUAAUAUUGCUAAUUAGUUGAACUACCUCCUUGGGUCACACGAGGCCUACUUCAAUCGUUACAAAAACUCGUGAUGAACAUAAAUCAGAAAUGAACUUCAAUUGAAUAUUAAAAUAAGCUUAGUGAAAAAAAACUACGCAUACAUGAAUGAAAACCACACAUUUCGCGCCCAACACUUGCACUAAAUAAUUAGGAAAAAAAGUAAUAGUUAUUAACUAAGGAAAAAAGAAAAUAAAUAUCGUAAGCGAAAAGUAAAUAUGA